GCCUCGAACAGUUUGCACGGACAUCGCAGGCCAUCGCAGCAACUUUUCACAACAUGCCGACGAGAGAAGCGAUAAUACACGAUUCGUUGCCGCUUUCUUCUGAGAUGUAAUAACAAUAACUGCUUACUGCACCCAGUUCCAAGUUUGCUAGUGCGGAGUAUACUUGUUAAAACGGAAGGCGGUUACCACGCAGAAUGCUCGGGCCACAAAUCUUUCCUGAGGCCCAACCAGGCUACGUGUGUUGCACUCCUUACUACAUCGGAGUGAACUCAAUUUUCUUGCCGCUUAUUCCCUAUACUCUCGCCACCGCGCUUCAUGACACACACCUGGAAGUCGCCCUUGUCCUCGGGACCGCCUUCAGUGGUGCUAUUAUUCUCCUUGGUCCCUUAUUGAAGCUCGCUGGUGGCUAUCGGACAUGGCCACGCGCAUUGGAGCUAGCAAUGCUGGUGGUCAACGCGGUGCUGCUUGGCGUGUCGUACCCAUACCCCGACGAAAUCGCCAAGUACCACAACUUCAUUUCCAACUCCAUCUAUGCAGCAUUCGGCGUUCUUUCCAUCAUGUUUGGAGCGCCCUUCACUCGGCAGUACGUUCGCGAGUUCGUGCCGCCCUCCGCCGCGGGGCACGACAAGGUCUCCCGCGCCGCGCACGUCACCAGCGGCGGGUGGAUCCUGGUCUUCGUAACCAACACGCUGAUCUACCUGGUCCCCGUGUGUCGCAACCGUGAGCAGCAGCACUCCCACGCACUCAACCUGGUCUUCCGCAUCAUCCUGCCCAUCUUCCUGGCCCUCUUCGCCGCCAUCUUCACGCGCGUGUGGCCGCUGCGGGUGCUGAACCACCUGCUGCGCUCGCAGGGCUUUGACGCGGCCCCGCCCGCCAAAAUGAUGACUAAUCCGCUAGCCAUGACGCGUAAUGCUACAGCCCUCACGGCCAUGGCUACUGCUCGCGGUAUGGGCUAUCCGCAGCAGCAACCCAUGAUCCUCAUGGCGCCGCCGCAGCAGCAUCAUAUGUUGCAGUACCCGCAACAACAGCAGCAGCAGCAGCAGCAGCAGCAGCUAAUGUUGAUGCAGCAGCAGCAACAGCAAGCGACCGUACCGGCGGCCAGCUACGGCGCAGCCUCUGCUACCAAUACUGCCACCGCAACUCCUGCUGCUGGUGGUAGUGGUUUUGGCGGUCAGCAACACUACCAGCAUCAUCAGCAGCUUGCUCCCGUCUGGCAGCAACAGCAGCAGCAGCAGUUGCAACACACGCAGCAGGAGCAGGCGCUGCAGCAGCAGCUCAUGCAGCAACAGCUGCAGCUGAGGAUGCAACAGCAGCAGCAGCAGCACUCGGCGGCAGGGGCGCCAGGGCCAGGGUCCGGGCCUGCCGGGCUGCCACCACCGCAGCAGUCGCCGCACGUCAAUUACGGUAACUACGGCGGCAGUCCAAUGCCCACCCCAGGGGGCACUGGCACGUACAUUGGCGGUAGCGGUAGCAGGAUUGGGUGAGGGCAGCCCGCGUCAGCUUACAAAGGAGGCAGCAGGCGGCGUGUGAGUAGAGAGGGCAGGAAGAAGCAUGUUUGCACUGUGCUUGCGACGUUGGUAGUACAUUCUUUGCGGCAUGUUUGCACACCUAGCACGCGCCGUGCUAGGUUGGUAGCCAAUCAAACAGCAACAGCAGCGAUGACAAAAGCAGCAUGCACGGCUUUCUGCUGCUGUUGCUGCUGCUCUCCUCGACACGCAGCCGCAACAAGCAGUCGACACAGAUUACCAUCGCAAUCCAUCACCCCCGCAGCCUGACUUCAACGGCUGGGCAGCACCCUGGAGCCCUCCUGGCUGCCGUACUGCUGCCGUUACUGCUGCCGUAUUUCUGCUGUCCAGGAUGACGGUGGCGACAUGUGCUGCGGGCUGCUGUUCCUCGGACGUCCGUACGUACGUACCUCUGCAGGAUCACCCCCGUGACCGGUGGCACGCAGCAAGACAGCGACGGCCGCGAUUCGGUGUCAGCACCAGCACCAACAUCGGCAACAGCAAGCAGGAUGUACGUUCAGUUACCCCGUAUGUCCCCUUCGUCGCCCACCUCCCGCACGUUGAAGUAACGGGAGCCGCAAUAACUGCAAGUUACGGUGCAUUUGCGGGAUGUGCAACGCCCUGCCGUACGGCUCAUUCUUGCCCCAAAGGAGACCCCCGAGCAACAGGCUACAGCCCGGAGGAAGGACGCUGCACUGACACGACCAGCUGUUGCACACUUUGCAUGUUGCCAAUGUCUGUACGCCAAUGAACCAUGGGUCGUUGGGAGCCGGUUGCAGGAAUGGGGCUCUUGACGUUUUGGCGAUGUUGAGCAGGAAGCCUCGUGAAGAGUGGGCAGGUGGUGUUUAGGGACCGCGCCAUUGUUAGUCAAACAGUGGCCCCUUUACUUUAGCCGCUGUAACCGGCAUGCGGCUGGCCGUGCCCGCUCACCCUGCUGGGUACGGCACAGGAGCUGUGAUGCACGGGUACCGGUAUGUUGAGUUUGCUUUUGUGGCGGUAGCUUAGGUGUACGGAGGCACCCUUUCCCGCCAUCAGUUUAGCUACUGCUGCGGGUAAUGCUGCGGGAGGCAAGGAGAGCCUUUGUGAUAACGUAUAUGCGGAAGAGUAGAUAGAAGGUACAGGCGCGCUCUGAGCUUGGUGUGAGAAGGAUGGACUGCGCUCCGACUACUACUAUCCUUGCGCGACCCGUGGGUCGUUUCAGGCAUGGGCCUUCCAGAGUUGCUUACAGAGCCCCUUAUUAGCCAUUCACAAGUGGGAGAAGGGGUAGUGUGGUAUGUAACAUCCCGUGCCUUUCCCAGACCGCUUCCGCGUCCCGACCAUGCCACGUCUGUGAUACUAACCUCGGAUGUAAGGGUGCUCGUUA